AGCCGGAGACAGAAACCUUGAUGUUGACUCCUACUUGUGAGGAAAGUAAAGAUCAGACUCUGGACUUGAGUCCUGAUGAAACUCAGAUUGCGGCAGAGGAAGAGCAUGUUGUCAGCAUGUCAGUUAAAAGCUCUGUGGGUCCAGACCCAAACGAUUACGACCAGGUCCUCUCUCACAACUCUCACAUAGCUGAGAACCAAGAUCACAAAGGAGGUCAGCACGAAGACUCAGGAUCAACUAGAAAUGCAGAACCAAAAUCACAGAAGAGACAUCACAGUAGAGAAAAUAACAACACUGAAGAAAAGUCUACCACUUUAAAGAUACAGAAUAAUACAGAGAAACAGUGUUUUAAAUGUGACACUUGUGGGAAAUCAUUUAUGGUAAGGGCCACUUUGCGCAGACAUCUCAAAAUCCACACAGGUGAGAAGCCACAUACAUGUGACACUUGUGGGAAAAAAUUCUCUGAGCGCAACAAAUUAAAAGUUCACAUGAGAAUCCACACAGGUGAGAAACCAUAUCCAUGUAACACUUGUGGGAAAAGAUUCUCUCGGCCGUUCUUAUUAAAAAGGCACAUGAGAGUCCAUACAGGUGAGAAACCAUACCCAUGUAACACUUGUGAGAAAAGAUCCUCUACGCUGGGCGCAUUAAAAUUGCACAUGAGAACACACACAGGUGAGAAACCGUAUACAUGUGACACCUGUGAGAAAAGAUUCUCAAAUCUGGGCGCAUUAAAAGUGCACAUGAGAACACACACAGUUGAGAAGCCGUAUCCAUGUAAAACUUGUGAGAAAAAAUACUCUGACCAGAGCCAAUUGAAAGUGCACAUGAGAGUCCAUACGGAUGAGAAGAAGUAUACAUGUGACACCUGUGAGAAAAGAUUCUCUCUGCUGGGCACAUUAAAAGUGCACAUGAGAGUCCAUACAGGUGAGAAGCCAUACAAUUGCAAAACUUGUGGGGAAAAGUUCAGACAUUCUCUGCAGUUGAAGACUCACAUGAGAACACACACAGGUGAGAAGCCGUAUCCAUGUAACACUUGUGAGAAAAGAUUCUCUCUGCCGGGCACAUUAAAAGUGCACAUGAGGACACACACAGGUGAGAAACGGUAUCCAUGUGAUACCUGUGGGAAAAGAUUCACUCGGCUCAACGCAGUAAAAAGACACAUGACAACACACACAGGUGAGAAACGGUAUCCAUGUGAUACCUGUGGGAAAAGAUUCACUCGGCUCAACGCAGUAAAAACACACAUGAGAACACACAGGUGAGAAGCCGUACAAAUGUAAAACUUGUGGGACAAAGUUCAGAUAUGCUUGUCAUUUGAGUAGAAACAUGAGUACACACGCAGUGGGAAAAGAUUCUGUCUGAUGCCAGAUUUGAAAAGAUCGUUGAUGGCAAGUGUUCACCAACAUCUUUGUAAAUUAAUGUCAAAUAUUCUCCAUGAAGAGGUCAGAACAUUUUCAUGUAAGUUGUACUUUGUCAACAACACUGUCAAGUUUCGUUUUUCACUCUUAGCCCACAGACGUAUCCUUUCACACGCAUCCAA